AUGGACGAAGAUCCGCGCCAUGGGAAGCCAGGAAGCGUGCCGCAUGAAAACGCUUACCAAGCCAUGUCGCGUAUUCUCCUCGCAGGCUUGUUCGCUUCCCGUGCACUUGGCCACGGCCACAUCUCCAACAUCAUCGUCAACGGCGUCUCCUAUCAAGGAUGGAACAUCAACGUCUUCCCAUACCUGGGAGGUAAUAUCCCCUUGGUCGCCUCCUGGGGAACCCCAAAUACCGGCGGAGGGUUCCCCACAGACGGAUACAGCGACCCCGAUAUCAUCUGCCAUCUCGACGCAGCAAAUGGAGAGGGCUCAAUUCCAGUAAAUGCGGGCGACACGGUCCACCUCCAGUGGACGCCAUGGCCAGAGACGCACCACGGCCCUGUGAUCGAUUAUCUCGCGAACUGCGGCACCAGCUGUCAGACCGUCGACAAGACAACGUUGGAGUUCUUCAAGAUCUCUGAGGUCGGGCUCAUUGACGACUCCUCUGUCCCCGGCUACUGGGGCACAGAUGAGCUCAUUGACAAUAAUAGCGCCUGGCUCGUAAAAAUUCCCGAGAGCAUUGCGCCGGGGAACUAUGUCCUACGCCAUGAGCUUAUUGCGCUUCACAGCGCGCAUACUGAGGGCGGAGCCCAGAAUUACAUGCAGUGCAUCAAUUUGCUGGUUUCGGGAAGUGGGUCAGCGCAGCCGGACGGUGUCCUAGGCACGGAGUUGUAUACUUCUACUGACCCUGGUAUCUUGGUGGACAUCUACAACCCGCUAACUUAUACGAUCCCCGGACCGAGUCUGAUUGCAGGAGGGGGUGCAGUUGCGCAGUCUACUUCUGCUAUUACUGCGUCUGGAACUGCGAUCAUUCCAGGUGCUACAUCGGCAUAG